AAUCAAACCACACCCUUCUGUAAUAAAGACUAAGGGAGAGAUAAAUCUGAAAUAUGAUACGAAUAGAACAUUCUCUAUAAAUUUCCUUUACCAGAGAUGCAUCCCAGAAACAUCUUCAACAAGAGAAAACCUGAUUUUGCUGAAUAUGCAAAGACCCAUCCUGCCUUAGAGCCCCAUCUGAUCAAGAAAGCUACCAGUAAAGGAGAGGGGUUCCAGUACACAAUAGAUUUCAGUAGUACCCAGUCCCUCCAUGAGCUGGCAGCAGCUACACUACAGCACGAGUUUGGAUUGAGUGUGGACUUACCUUCCGGACACUUGGUACCAUCGAUACCGCAAAGACUUAAUUAUAUUCAUUGGGUAGAGGAUCUUGUAGGGAAAGAGAGUGACGUAAUCGGAAUAGACAUUGGUUGCGGUCCAUUGUGCAUAUUCCCUUUGCUAAGUUGUACUAUUAACAACAAUUGGAAGUUCAUUGCAACAGAAGUGCAACCAGACUGCACUACAUAUGCACUAGAAAAUAUCAAAAGAAAUAACCUGAAACCAAAAAUCACAGUGAUUCAAGUUGCUCCUGACGUAUUUUUAAAAGGUGUGGUAGAUACUGCAUCGUAUGACCACACCCAGUUUACAUUCUGCAUGUGUAAUCCGCCGUUUUACAAAGACGGAGAUGAAUUGAAGGGUGGGGCUUCAAGAACUGGUCACAGACCAGUACCAAAAACGUUGAAUACUGGGAAUGAGAUUGAGACGAUGACAAGCGGAGGAGAGGUGGAGUUUGUGAGGAAUAUUGUGAAGGAAAGCAUGUCAAUUGGAACUAGGAUAAAGUGGUAUACAAGCAUGUUAGGAAAGAAGGACAGUCUGGCAAAAAUAAAAAACUUUUUAAAAGAGCUGAAGGUUCCUGUGAUACUUGAUACUACAUUUGUACAAGGUAGAACUCAUCGUUGGGGUGUGGCCUGGUCAUACGAUCAUUCCUUAAUGCCAAGUCAGGAGCAACUACCCCAAAAAAGAAAAUUAAUUGAAAAAAGGAAGUCAGACCCUUUUAUUGUAAAUUUACCGAAAUCCUACUGUCAAGAGAGUGAUGGAUACCAGAGAGCAGUGAAGUGGAUGGAAGAUACCUUACAUAAAUUAAAAAUAGAACAUGUUGACAUUGGUGAUGAUGAUGAUGAGAAAACAUGGCACUGUACUGCUAGUGUGAACACUUGGUCAAAGCAAAGAAAGAGAAAGAGAUUAAUGACAAGAAUCAAAGAUAACCCUGAACAAUCAAAAGAAUUACUAGCUGAAUUGGAAUCAUUAAAUACGCCAUGCAGCAUUGAAUUUAAGCUAUCAGUAGUGACUGAUGAUUAUCAUUAUGACUGCAAAAGAAUGAAGGAACAAGAAAGGAGAGAAGAAGCAGCAAGUGACAAUAAUGAUAAUCAGAUAUUAUAUGUAUUCGAAUUGGUUAAUGGUCAUAGAGAUGAGCUACAUCAAAUUGUUCAGUUAACAGGAAACUGGUUAUCUUAAAUUAAUAAUAAUAGCAAUGAUAUUUACAGUACGUAUGUGUGAUUUAAAAAUGAAAAUUAAAUGAUUAUAAU